UGAAACUUAGGAUUUGGAUUUAUUACAGAAAUGAGAUAUUUAAUACGGCGGAGAUGAAGACUGGACGCAGCGGAAACCGGCCGCUAAAUGAAUAAUCGGCGACAGAGCUUGUAGUGUAACUUUCUAAAGCCUCGAUAAUUACAAUAACAGCCAUCAAAUUGAUCAAAAAAAGCUGAUGUUGAGAACCCAAGGGGAGGAUUGAUUGUCAUGUAGGAAAAUAUAAGACGCGCGGGUGGUGUUUGUUGAUAUGCCUGAACCAGAUGCCAACAAAUUGGGCAUUCCUAAAGGCUUCUGUUUAAGCCAAAAUCAUGAUUUCAGAGAAUUCGCGACCAUUCUCAAAUCCUGUGCUGCCUGCUCGGCCAUCAGAUGGGGGAAGGUGCUUCAUAGUAGCAUUGUGAAAUUGGGGCAUUUGUCCUGCCAGUAUGUGUCCAAACCACUGCUCAACGUGUAUGCUAAAUGUGGAGCUCUCAGUGACUGUCAAAAGCUAUUUGGUGAAAUGGGCAACCAUGAUCCUGUCAGUUGGAAUAUUGUCUUAUCUGGGUUUGCUGGGGUGAGGACUCAUGAUGUUGAGGCAAUGAGAAUGUUUUGUGCAAUGCACGUAGCCAAUGAACCUAAGCCAACUUCUAUCACCAUUGCUAUAAUUUUGCCGGUAUAUGCUCGCUUGGGUGAGUUAUGUACCGGGAAGAGUGUGCAUUCUUAUGCUAUUAAAUCUGGAUUGGAAACCCAUACACUUGUUGGAAAUGCUCUUGUAUCUAUGUAUGCUAAGUGUGGGCUGGUACUCAAUGAUUCAUAUGCAGCAUUCAAUAGCAUUGGUGACAAGGACGUUGUUUCGUGGAACGCAAUUAUUGCAGGAUUUUCUGAGAAUGGUUUGAUGGAAGAUGCUUUCAGACUUUUCAGGUUGAUGUUGAAGGGAUCAACAAAACCAAACUAUGCAACCAUUGUCAAUAUUAUACCUGUUUGUUCUUCUUUUCAUAAGUUUUUUGCUUACCACUUUGGGAAAGAAAUUCACGGCUAUAUCCUGCGGAGGAAUGAGUUGGGAACAGAUGGUUUUGUCUCCAAUGCUUUGAUGAGUUUUUACUUGAGAGUUGGAAGGAUGGAAGUGGCUGAAUUGUUAUUCCAAAGGAUAAACUCGAAAGAUUUGGUUUCAUGGAAUGCUCUUAUUGCAGGAUAUGCAUCAAAUGGUGAGUGGUUGAAAGCAUUAGAGUUGUUUCGCAAAUUACUUUCCCUAAAGACAAUUGGCCCCGAUUCUGUCACUCUUGUCAGCAUUCUUCCUGCCUGUGCCCAUUUACAUAACUUGCAGGUCGGUAAAGAGAUUCAUGGCUUUGUUCUCCGACAUCCACACCUACAAGAUGACACUGCAGUGGGUAAUGCCCUGGUCAAUUUCUAUGCAAAAUGUGAUAAAACAGAAGCAGCAUAUCAUACUUUUUUGAUGAUUUCUAAAAGAGACUUGAUAUCAUGGAACUCUAUGCUUGAUGCCUUCGUGGAGAGUGGACUUCAUACUCAGUUUCUAGACUUAUUACAUCGGAUGCUUAGUCAAGGAAUUAGUCCCGAUUCGAUUACCAUCUUAUCAAUAAUCUGUUUCUGUUAUACUUUGCUUAGAACUGAAAAGGUUAAAGAAACUCAUUGCUAUUCCAUUAAGGCUGGCCUAUUUCUAGGUGAUACAGAACCAACUAUAGGAAAUGCAAUGCUUGACGCAUAUGCCAAAUGUGGAAACCUGGACUAUGCAUUCAAAGUCUUUCAAAGUUUAUCAGGGAUGAGGAAUUUGGUCACUUUCAAUUCGAUGAUAUCAAGCUACAUUAGUUAUGGAUCUCAUGACAAGGCGCACACGAUCUUUAAUGAGAUGUCUGCAACUGAUCUCACCACUUAUAAUUUGAUGGUCCGAGUUUAUGCUGAAAAUGAUAAUCCUGAUCAAGCACUCAAUCUCUUUCGUGAGAUGCAAGCUCGAGGAAUGAAGCCUGAUGCAGUGUCUAUUGUAAGUGUCCUUCCAGUGUGUACUCAGAUGGCCUCAGCGCACUUGCUCAGGCAGUGUCAUGGAUAUGCAACUAGAGCUUGUUUAGAUGAUCUGUGCUUAAAGGGAGCUAUCUUGGAUGUUUAUGCAAAAUGUGGCAGUGUAGAUUGUGCUCAUAAGCUUUUCCAAUCAAGUCCUCAAAAGGAUUUGGUUAUGUUCACAGCAAUGGUGGGUGGGUAUGCCAUGCAUGGUAUGGGGAAGGAAGCACUAGAGGUUUUCUCUCAUAUGCUCGAAUGGGGUGUAAAGCCAGAUCAUGUCAUCAUCACUUCUGUUUUAUCUGCUUGCAGUCAUGCUGGCCUUGUCAAUGAAGGUUUGGACAUUUUCUGUUCAAUAGAGAAGACCUAUGGGAUGAAACUGACCAUGGAGCAGUACUCCUGUGUGGUAGAUCUCCUUGCACGUGGAGGUCAAGUCAAUGAUGCAUAUUCUUUGGUGUCUGGAAUGCCCAUUGAAGCUAAUGCAAAUGUAUGGGGAACAUUGCUUGGUGCUUGUAGAACCCAUCACGAGGUGGAAUUAGGACGUGUUGUGGCAGAUCGCUUGUUCACUAUGGAAGCAAAUAACAUUGGCAAUUAUGUAGUCAUGUCAAAUUUAUAUGCAGCAGAAGCUAUAUGGGAUCGGGUCAUGGAGAUUAGAAAACUGAUAAGGACAAGAGAUCUAAAGAAGCCUGCAGGAUGCAGUUGGAUUGAACUGGAACAGAAAAAGAAUAUCUUCAUAGCUGGAGACUCAUCUCACCCUCAAAGGAGUAUUAUUUAUAGUACAUUAAGUGCCUUGGAUCAACAGAUCAAGGAGCCUUUCCAACUGAAGCAACAGUUGAACUUACUGGCAUUGGGAGUGUCAUAAUUAACGCCAAGCCACUUGGUAAGAAAUAUUGGAUCCAUUUGCUUAUUGAAUUUGUAUACGAAGAUUCAUUCUCUGCUUUCAGGUGUUGAACUGGAAUGAAUCUACUUCACUGGCAUUCUUUGUUGAGUCUUGUUUAUACCCUCUUUCUUUAAAAAGUUGAGUUUUUGAAAUUCUUCACUUCAACAUGACAAGAUCAGGGAAGCCUAGAUUUGUUUGGUCCUCUGGUUCAUCAGACAGCCCCUUGCCAUUGUGGAGCAGUUAUUUGGGAGUUGUUGGCUUUUUUCCCUGGAAUGCUGUAGUGAGUCACUGAAACUGGAUUUAUCUCUUGAUUAUUAUGAGCACUUUAUGUUCGUAAUUCCCACAAUGAUUAAUACAGCUGGAAAUGUCUCUUUCAGUGGUUGUGCCUUUCUAUUGGUGGGAAUUUGAGAAUUGAUGAAAUUUAAACCAAACUCAUCCCUCAACUGACAAAUUUAAUGCAUUUGCUUGUGAGGACUUCGGUUAAGCGGGGAUGUUAAUGGAAACAAGGGAAGUAACUCGGGUUCAGUGUAUCCUGGUCUGGAUCGAGGUGAUGGAUGCAAUUUUGAGAAAAUUGUGGAUGGGGUACCUACAGGGCUCGGGAGAAAA